AGCAUCUGUCAGCUCCUUGCCCUGGGGACUGCUGGGCCCUGUAAUCCCCGCACAUCCUGCAAUGGCCCAGGGCAGCGCCUGAUGCAUCGCCAUGGCUGAAGGAACUCGGGAUUGUAGUGGUGCUCCAUCCCAGGCAGUGCUGACCCCUGGUGAGGCCUGCACCCCCAUCCAGCUACCUGUGGCAACCCCAGGGCGGAACAGCCUGGCCCAGCCCCACGGCACUGACCAGGAGAUGCAGUGGCUAUCAGAAGUGGGAAGGAGUCUCAUCCAGACAGAGCCUCCUGCACAGAACCAGUUCUUCCUGGAGCCGUGUGAGAUGGGCAAAGGCGCCCCUACGGGGCCAUGUGAGGGGUUGUGCAAAGGUCCCCCUGAGGAGAUGUGCGAGGCGAUGUGCGAGGAUCCCCCCAGGGAGCCCUGCGAGGUGGCGUGCGUGGAGCUGUGUGAGGACAUUCUUCCCUGGGAGCUGUGCAGGGAUCCCCCCAUGGAGCCAUGUGAAGGGCUGUGCAAGGAGAUGUGCAAAGAUCCUCCCCCCAGGAAGCCAUGCCAAGGCCCCCUUGGAAGUCCAGUGCAGGGGAAGGCCCGGCUGCCGUCCAUCGUGGUGGAACCCACAGAGGCAGGAGAGGUGGAGAGCGGGGAGCUGCGCUGGCCCCCAGAUGACUUCCUGCUGCUGGAGGGUGAGGACGAGCUCUUCACUGAUGAAGAGGAGCAAGCAGCAGAGCCCGGGCCCGGGCCCCCUGCUCUGGAGAGUACCCUGGAUGAAGUGCUGCUGUGAGGCUGCCAGGGGCAGAGAGGACCCCACUCCCCGCCUGGCUCCAGACCCCACUAGAAACCCAGCUGUAGCCUGGGGAGGGAGAACGUAGCUCAGGACACCCUCCCCAGGAGCUGGACAGCAGCAGGAGGGGAUGGGCCCCCUGCCACCAGAACCUUAGGGGGCAGAAUAAGACCAGCCUGGCUGCCUGGAGCUCCCUCCUUGCCGGAUCCAGUGCCCCUCAUCUGUGAGCAAGAGACAACCUGACUUUGAUCUGGGACAGCAGCACCACGGGGCACGCAUUGCCCCCACCACCUCCAGGAGCUGGGGCCCAGACUGGGCACCUGCUCUGUAUGGACAGUGGGGACCCAAGGCUCAGGGGGGCCAACCGCCUGCGGGGUUUGUGCUGGUGGGUAUAAGCUGCCCCCUCCUCCCCUGCUGAGCUCAGCAAUAAAAGGUUCCUGUCCUAGCUGUGAUGUCUCACUGUGAAGUGGCUGGUGAGGCCCGGGGAACAGGUGUAGUGUCCCAGUGGGGCUGGACUCCUGGGGGCUGCGAGCUCCACACUCUUCAAGCCCAGGUGGUGGCUCAUCUGUGGGGAUGGAGGGAGGCAGCAAUACCUGGGCACCUGCAGCUGGGGUGUGGGGCCUCUGGCUGAUGCAGUAGGAGGGGGCUGCUGUUCAAGGGAGGAGUUGCCCACUAUGGGGGUGACCACCCCUAG